CCCCGGAGCUACACGGAGCUGGGGAGUCGUUGUUAGAAGGGCAGAUUGACAGACGGAGAGCAGAGAGGAGAGCUCCAUCCGUCCUCAUUCACACACACACACACGGAGCCAACUAACUGCUGGGCUGACUCUGGAGACAGAAGGACCGGCUCAGAGGAGAUCCAGAAACCUCAUACAAGAACAUUGGAGUGUGCUUCGCCUGCACCCCAAAGCUGGCUGCACGCAGACCAUCCUAACCCUACCUGCCUUUACAACAGGUGAUCCAGCUCUCCCUCCUUCAUCGCGAUGCUGCCUCUCCUCGCUCUGUGCCUGUUUGCCCUCUGUUUCCGGGGCUCCCUCCCCGCUCCACCGUCCAGAACCCCGGCCGAUUGCCCAGAUUCAGGAGGCAUCCGAGUCCUGCUCAAACGCCUGGAAAUUUUGGAAAAAUUAGUACGGGACAUAAAGGGGCAAUGCAGCCCCCCGUGCUGUGCGAACCCGCAGACCGGUGCCGAUGACCCCUCCAGUCUGAAAUCCCCCCCUUGCCCGCAGGGAUUGGAAGACUGUCCCGGGGGCUGCGGAGGGGAAUCUCAUGGCGAAUGCGUUGAUGGGCAGUGCCAGUGCAAGGAUGGCUAUAUGGGCGACAGAUGCCAACUGAAGACGUGCCCGGAGGAUUGUAAUGACCAGGGCCGAUGUGUUAAUGGCCGCUGCCUCUGCUUUGAAGGCUACUACGGCUUGGAUUGUGGCUCUAAAGACUGCCCGAACGAUUGUCAGAACCAGGGCCAAUGUGAAAAUGGAGCUUGCGUUUGCGACCCUGGAUUUACCGGUCUGGACUGUGGCACUAGAACUUGCCCCAAUAACUGUUUGAAUCGGGGUAAAUGCGAGGGCGGACUUUGCAUCUGUGCUUCUGGAUUUACCGGCGUGGACUGCGGAUCUAGAACCUGCCCCAGGAACUGUCUGAACCGCGGCCGCUGCGAAGAUGGGGUCUGUGUCUGCGAUUCUGGGUUUGGGGGUGAUGAUUGUAGCUCCAGGAUGUGCCUCAACAACUGCCAGGGCAACGGCAGAUGUGAAGACGGGGUCUGUAUUUGUGAUGCUGGCUUUUCUGGAGAAGAUUGUAGCUCAAGGACUUGCCCGGAGGACUGCAACGAGCAGGGGCGCUGCGUGUCGGGGGUCUGCGUGUGUGACGCGGGAUUCGUCGGGGCGGACUGUGGAACCAGAGUCUGCUCUGAGGCGUGUGAGAGACAUGGCCGAUGCGAGGACGGGGAGUGCGUUUGUGAUCCAGGCUACACGGGGACAGACUGCGAGAUGAAAACGUGUCCCGACGACUGCCACAACCGAGGCCGCUGCGAGGACGGAGAAUGCGUUUGCGAUUCUGGAUUCAUCGGGCCGGACUGCGGGUCCAGAGCGUGCCCGAGCAAGUGCUCCAACCGAGGCAGAUGUGAAGAUGGAGUCUGUAUCUGCAACCCCGGUUAUUCCGGAACAGACUGUGGAUCUAGAGCUUGUCCGAAGAACUGUAGCGGAAACGGGCAGUGCGUGAACGGCAGGUGCGUGUGCCACGCUGGGUUUGCUGGACCAGUCUGCGGGACGAGGAGCUGUCCAGUUGGGUGUAACAAACACGGGCGCUGUGUUAGGGGGACCUGCGUCUGCUCUCCGGGGUACACGGGACCCGACUGUGGCUCCAAAACCUGCCCCAGAAACUGUAACAACCAAGGCCUCUGUGAAGACGGAGUCUGUGUUUGCAACGCUGGGUACUCCGGCCUGGAUUGUAGAUCUAGAACAUGUCCCAACGACUGCAGCAACCAGGGCCAGUGUGAUGACGGCGUGUGCGUUUGUGAUUAUGGAUACACCGGUCUAGAUUGUGGAUCCAAAACAUGCUUCAACGACUGCUUCAACCGAGGCCAGUGCCAAGAUGGAGUGUGCAUCUGCGAUCCCGGUUAUACCGGUUUGGACUGCGGAUCGAUGGCCUGUCCCAACGACUGCUUCGACCGAGGCCAGUGCCAAGAUGGCGCCUGUGUCUGCGAUUCUGGAUAUGGGGGGCUAGACUGCCAAUACAAAACCUGUCCAAAUAACUGCAACAACCAUGGCCAGUGUCAAGAUGGCGAGUGCAUCUGUGAUUCUGGGUACACCGGCCUAGACUGUGGAUCCAAAACCUGCCCGGGCGACUGUCAGAACCAUGGAGCUUGUGAUGAUGGAGACUGUAUCUGUGAUUCUGGAUACACCGGUCUAGACUGUGGAACCAAGACUUGUCCCAAUGACUGUCACAACAGGGGUCAGUGUGCCGAUGGAGAGUGCAUUUGUGAUUCUGGAUAUGAGGGUCCAGACUGCGGAUCCAAAACCUGCCCCAAUGACUGCACCGACCGGGGUCAGUGCGUUGACGGCGUGUGUGUUUGUGAUUCUCUAUACACAGGAAUAGACUGUGGUUCUAGAGCUUGCCCAAAUAACUGUCAAGACCGCGGCAGAUGUGACGACGGGGUGUGUGUUUGUGAUACCGGAUACACCGGCCCCGACUGUUCCUCUAGAACCUGUCCAGAUAACUGUCACGUUCACGGCCGCUGCGAGGAUGGAGCCUGCGUCUGUCAUUCCGGAUACACGGGUCCAGAUUGCUCGUCCAGAGCCUGCCCCAAAAAUUGUAACGACAACGGACAGUGCGUGAACGGAAAAUGCGUCUGCAGUCCGGGCUUCGGGGGACCCGUCUGCGGAGCCAGAACCUGCCCGGCCAACUGCAACGGCCGAGGAAAAUGCCUCAACGGGAUCUGCGCGUGCAAGAAGGGGUAUGAAGGCGCAGACUGCGGACAGGUAAUCACUGAAAUCACUGAAAUCACGGAAAUCACGGCAAUCACCGGCCUGCGCGUGACGUCAGAGGAAGAGACGGCGAUGACCGUGGAAUGGGACGACCCUCAGACCCCCCCCGAUUCAUACGACGUCUCCUUUAAAGCCAAGAAAGAGAAUGGUUUGAUACGGACCACGGUCGAUGGCUCGCUUACCAAGUACCGUCAAACGGGCCUGGCUCCUGGGGAGGAAUACACCGUGACCGUCCAACCUCGCAAGGGACAGACCCUGGGCCCCGAUACGUCCAUUACAGCCGUUACAAAGAUUGAAACCCCCCGUGGACUGCGAGUGACAGAUAUCAGCACCUCUUCCUUCGUGCUGAGAUGGGAUCGGCCGCAGUCUCAGCCCGACAGAUACCUUGUGACGCUGAUAGCCCCCAGCGGCAAGGAGAGGAGGCUAAAGGUGCCCGGGAAGGGGGACAGGGUGAGGGUCACGGGACUCGAAGAAGGGACAACGUACGCGGUGGUCCUGAGAGCCGAGAGGGGGCAGCAGCAGAGCGACGGGACGGAGACCGCGGCAAAAACAGCUGUUCAGAAGGAGAGAAAACAUCUGGAUGUUGAGGAUGAAAUCAGGGCUCGUGGACCUGAAAAGGACUCCAAAAUUGUUAGCAGACAAGAGAAAGUAAUAUCCACAGAGGAGAGACAUCAGUCUUAUCCCUCAUCAAAUAGGACAUCAGGUUCUCAUGGAGAGGGUCAAGAAGAGAGCUUUCAUACAGACGAGACAAAAGACAUGGAUACAGAAAACCAAAAAGGGAGUAGAGUGAUCCACACCACAAGAACAAAGACCACCAUCAUCAAGACGUAUCAUACCAUCUACCAUGAAGAUGGAAGUGUGGCCGAUGUCAUUGAUGAAGGUGUGGAUUUUGAUGAGAGGAGACCACAAAAUAAGUCUACAAGCGAAGUGGUGACCCAUGUGGUAGAAGAGGGAGACACUGGGGAUGAUGAAUUGACUGGAACAAGAGUAAAGAUACCCGGUGGCAAAGUCGAAAGAUGGAUUGUUACAAGGAACAUAACACAUAUUGGAUCCCCAGAGGACUUAUACCAUCACUAUAAAUAUCCAGAGAGUGGAAAAGAUGGACUCACCGAGACUUCUGAAGAAACCCCCCUUGAUGCUUUAUCCACCAGGAGGAUGACUGUAUCCUCUGAGGAGCAUGGACCAAGGACUCAUCAGGAGAGGCCCUCACAAAAUAAAGACAUCCAUUCCAACCUGCAUUUGCCUGGAAAAGAGUCAAGUCCAGAUGUUGAACCAGAAACAGCCGUUGAAAGUAAUCAUGACAUUGACGAUACUGGUGAUGGUGACCCAAGAUAUGGCAGCAAAUCUAGGCAGAUCAUUACCACCAUAAGUAGGGUUGUGAGCAUCACCAGAAGGAAACAAGGAAAUCAAGAUAAUGAGGAGGUCCGCAAUGAGACAAUAGUGCAUAGGGAUACAGAUGGCAUUUCUAAUAGAGUUAAGGGUAUGAAUGAGACGAAAACCCCAAAAAGACCAAUAUUUGCAGGAAAACACUUGAGGACCGUUAUUGAAAACCUACCCGAGAAGCUCUCUUUAUUCAAUGGGACUUUUAUUCAACGUUUAGAGAGUUAUUUGCGGGCCACAUCUUACCCUUUAAGGGUGAAUCAGACAGUGGAAACAGUGGCCAGGGCCAUAUUCCUUUACCUGGUGAGACAUAAGCCUGAUACUUUCACAGGGAUGGUGUAUGACCGCCUUCCUCAAAAGACACCAGGGGCAAAAGGAAACGCAGAGCCCAUUGGAGCAUCGAGAAUGCAAGGGAACGUAGGACUAUCAGCGAUGGAGGACAAUGUUGUCCAUUUGGGAAAUGUUACCGAUGACAUACACGAAACAUCAGCCUUGGUGGGUAAAGGCAAAAAAACAAAGACCCCCAUGCAUGAUCUACUCAAUCCAGAGAUGAGCAAUCUAGGAAGGGUAGAAGCUUUAGGAGAAAUAGACUCACCACUACCAUCUGGACUAAGAACCCAACAUUCCGCUUCUACCCUUAAAGAAGAAGAUGGCUUGAAAACAAGAGAUGCUCCAGAAGACCAUAACGGAGAAGCAACUGAAGAUGACUCAGAUACUAUGGCUUCCAAAAACAUUUUAGAUAAUACUGAAAGUAGGGAAACACAUAAAAGUUUACCACCACCGAAGAAGUCAACGACUGCUGAAAACGAGCAAGAGUGGAAGGCGGAUGAAGAGAGAAUCACAAAACCUAAAGUGCAUGGACAAGAUUCUGAUUUAGAAGGAAGGACAGUGAUAAAUGUCCUGAAUGCCAGUGUUGGAGAAUCCAGAGUGAUCCCUGGAAUACAGGACAGUUCCACACGAGAACCUGAUAAGAAAAGUGAGCCACCUUCUAAUACACGUGGCAUCCCAAAAUAUAAUUAUAACCCUGAUGCCAAUCAAGAAGAGAAUGAUUUUAAUCCUUUAUCUCCUUUGGAUCUAGAAAAUAGACUUAAACAAAGGGGGGAUGGGCCUCCAAAUUACGAGAGUGAAGAGAAACUCUUGAUAGAAGAUAUAGGAGAUCAUGGGGCACCUAAAACAGAAAGAAACCUCCAUAAUACCUUAGUAGAACUAAACCAGGACGUAGGACAAGACGUAGCAACAGAGGGAGAAGGGGAAAGGAGGAAUAAACACCUUAUAGAUGGGAGCUUUUCAGGAACACAGACCAAUGAAGAAAGAAGAUCUCAGUUUCAGGAGGAAAGAAACCAAGAAAGUGAAGAAUCGACAGUGGCUGCCAACAGAAAUGAGGGUUCUGUGGAAGAUCAAAGCAAAAACGAACCACCAAGAACUCCCAUUUCCGUGAAAGUGCCAGGAAUUGUGCGACCAGGCAGGCCCACCAUUUUACAAAGAAAUUUCACCAGCCUUGUCAUAUCUCUAGAGGGUCUUGGGGUUCUUUGGGACAAGGUGAUGAUACUCUAUCACCCAUUGUCAUCAACUGCUAUGAUUAUUCCUCGCAAGGUGGAGGUGGAAAGAGGUGUCACACAGGUGGUGAUCGAGGGAUUAGAACCAGGGACCAGCUACAGAUUUGAUCUUCAUGGGAUGGUGAAGGGCCACUCAUCCAAAUCCUACUCACUGGUGGCUGACACAGCCGUGACGCCCACAGCUUCCCCGGCCGACAUCGAUGAGACAACCGUUCAGCCAACGGCUUCACCAACCCAAGAAGUGCUCACUAGCAAAGAUCCACCAGCGACUCAAAGACCCCGGGGGCCGGUGGCUCAGAUGGGGGCCCUACAGGUGCGAGAUGUAACAAGCGACAGCGUCUCCCUGGUGUGGAAGGCCAGGCCGUGGGUAUACGAUUCCUUCCUGGUCCGAUACGAGGACGUGACCGGCAACACGAGACCACAAGAGACGUCCGUCCCUGGAAACCAACGAGACGUGACCCUAAGAGACCUGAGCCAGAACACGAGAUACGCGGUGUCGGUCUAUGGUGUGCGGGGAGGAAAGUUAUCUAGGCCUCUGAAAGAGGAGGUGACCACAGAGUCGUCCCCGGAUAGAGGCACGCCUCCUCGCCUUUCCCCUAUUUCGGUGUCAGAGGUCCAAUCAAAUUCAUUCCGUUUAUCGUGGGUGCCCCUGGAUGGGGAUUUCGAUUCAUAUUUAAUUCAGUACGGACCCCCAGGAGGCCCAAGUCAAGAAGUGACCCUAAAUGGAGAUGAGACGUCUUACCUCGUCACGGAGCUGGUUACGGGGGUUAAUUACACGGUGGAGCUUCGAGGGAUAUGGGGAGAGGAGUAUAGCAAACCGGAAACCACCUCUGUGAUAACGGAGACGCCCCAGCCUCCCCGCAUGGAGUCUCUCUCUGUGUCCGAUGUCCGCAGUGAUUCGGUUCACCUGACCUGGGAGGUCCAGGGUGGAGACUUUGACUCUUUCCUUCUUUAUUAUCGGGAUGGUGAAGGGAACCCUCGGGAAGUGUCUUUAGAACGUGAUCUCAGGUCCUUCCACAUCACAGACUUGAAGCCGGGAAAGAAGUAUAAGUUUGUUGUGUAUGGUAUUCAAGGAGAGAAGAGAAGCAAACCCGUAACAGCCGAGACCAUCACAGAGAAGCCCCUGCCGCCCCGACUCGAGUCUUUUUCUGUGUCUGAUGUCAGCAGCGACUCUGUUCGCCUCUCCUGGGAGGUCCAGGACGGGGAUUUCGACUCCUUCCUUCUCUAUUAUCGGGACGCGGAGGGGAACCCCAAAGAGAUUACGCUGGAGAAGGAACUCCGCACGGCCGAGGUUGAUGAUUUGAGGCCCGGGAAGAAGUACAAAUUUGUCCUCCAUGGGAUUUCAGGAGGCAAAAAAGGCAAAGGGGUGAUAGCAGAGACCAGCACAGCCAAACCUUCGCCUGCCUCUCCUUCUCCUCGUCUGACGGACCUGGAGGCCGGCGAGGUUGGGAAGGACUCCGUCAGGCUCUCCUGGACGGUGGAAGGAGAGGUUCCUUUUGACUGGAUAGUUCUGCAGUACCGGGAACCAGAGGGCGGUGUGAGAGAGCUGCAGGUACCCGGCGGAGACGUAAGCGCCCUUGUAUCCGGACUUCUACCCUCCCGGAAGUACAAAUUCAACGUUUAUGGGUUGAGAGGGGAGAAGAGGAGCAAACCUUUAUCCACCGAGAUCGAAACAGGUUAUCCCGAGGUUCUCGGUCAGCCCUCCUCUCUCCUGGAUGAUCUCUACAUCUCUCCACGCGGCCCGCACUCCAUCCUUCUUUCCUGGGAAGCUCCGGACGGCUCGUUCGACUCUUUCGUUGUCCGAUACGGACUUCAGGGGCAUGAGGAGCUCAAUGAAGUGUCAACCGACGGCUCGUCCCGCACGCUGCUUAUUACAGAUCUCCAGCCAGACUCUCUCUACGCCGUCACCCUGCAUGGAAUCCAUGGGGAAAAGGAGCAAGGCAGUUUGGAAGCCACAGGAAGGACAGGACCUCUGGACCUGGAGCCCCCUCGGAACCUGAGGUUUACCGACGUGGAGGAAACUUCAGUUGUCGUGAGCUGGGAUCCUCCGAAUGCUGAAACAACCACAUUCAAAGUGUCGUAUCAGCUGGCCGAGGGAGGGGAACCGGAGAGCAUCAGCGUGGUUGGAACAAGCACUCCGUUGAAGGGCCUGAACCCUGGAGCCAAGUAUGAGGUCACCGUGGUGUCAGUGCGCGGUUUUGAAGAAAGCCAGCCUCUGAGCAGUUAUAUCACCAUGGUGGGUGGCGGACCCCGUUCCCUACGUGCUUUUGACAUCAGCGAGCAGUCAGCUCUUCUGCGCUGGGAGCCUCCAUCGGGAACGGUGGACAGCUACGUAGUUACAUAUAGAGCAGAAAAUGUGCCCUCGAUCACGAUGGAGAUACCCGGCGACCUCACAGAACUCCCGCUCUCUAGCCUUUAUUCUCACACGGAAUACUUUGUAACCAUACAAAGCAAAAUAGGAUCCAAGACCAGCCGGCCAUCGUCCACCUCCUUCACCACUAGUGUGGAUACACCCAGCGAUCUGUCCGCCAUCCAAAUCACAGCUCGCAGUGCCCUCCUCACGUGGAAAGCCCCCCAAGGCGUUCCUGACGGCUACCAGCUAAUUUAUCACACACCAGAGGGUGAAAGAAAGGAAAUCCACGUUCUUCCGAACCUUACAUCCUAUACCAUGACCCGUCUCAGCCCUUUGUCACAAUAUAGAGUUCAGCUUCAUGCCCUGAAUGGCGGGGCCAGCUCAGCACCCAUCUCCACCUCCUUUACCACAGGGCGCCUGCGGUUCCCGCUUCCUCGGGAUUGCUGGGAGCAGAGGAUGAACGGAGAGCUCCACAGCGGAGUAUUCACUAUACACCUGGGGGGCGUUAAAGAAGAAACCCUGUCCGUGUUCUGUGACAUGGAGUCCGACGGCGGGGGCUGGAUAGUUUUCCAGAGACGGAUGGACGGGAGCGUAGACUUCUACAGAGACUGGAAUGACUAUAAGAGAGGCUUUGGAAACCUGACUUCGGAGUUCUGGUUAGGUAACAUCGCCCUGCACCGGAUCACCUCGCUGGCUCCCUUCGAGUUACGGGUAGAUCUUCGCUCCGGAGACGAAGCCGUGCACGCGAUUUACGACAACUUCAUCGUGGAGGCCGAGAAACGCCAUUUCAGAAUGCGGCUGGGGAGCUAUAGAGGGAACGCAGGGGACUCUCUGAGUUAUCACAACAACAUGAUCUUCUCUACUCGUGACCGAGAUGCACAGAGAAGGAUCCUGCCCUGUGCGGUUUCAUACCACGGGGCUUGGUGGUACCGCAACUGUCAUUACUCCAACCUCAAUGGACAGUACGGUAACUACAAGGACCACCAGGGUGUGAAUUGGCACACGUGGAAAGGCUUCGAGUUCUCAAUACCCUUCACCGAGAUGAAAAUUCGUCCAAGAGGAGGGGGCAAUAGGAACCGUCUUUAGAGCCCCAACCACCUGAAACCACUAUACUGAAAACUGGAAGCAACGUGGCACCUCCUGCAACCUUAUGCACAGUCCUCACGGCCGGGGCACAAAUUGAGGUUGAAAUGUAGACCAAAAAACCCCCCAAAAAAGCAAAAAAAAAAACGAAACUGUAUAAAUAUCGGAAUUUAGUGCCAUAUUAUUUGCUUAUUACGAUCUACGAAGACGAGCAAAUGGAAGAGGAAGAGAUCAUGAAAGCCAAUUGGUUAAGGGCUGGGCAGAAUGCGACAUCUGGAACUGGAGACUCCAGAGAACACCCGGAACACGGCAACGAGAAUGAAAUGAGAAAUAUGAAAUAAGGGCUAGAAAUAAGCUAAAAAAUGCACUUUUCAUUAAACCAUUCAGACCAAAUCUAGUAAAAAUCCAGAAAAAAAUCACAUGUAGGCACAAUAAAAACACAAUUUAUCCAUAAUACAUAAAAAACAAUGCAGGAACCGAACUCAGACAUGAAAGCAGGGGUGAGAGGUGAGUGUCACAGCGUCACAGAGCAGCCGCCGGGGUAUGUAGGGAUUGCGUUUUAACCCUUUAGCCUCCACCAAUACAGAAAUAUAAAUAUAUAUAUAAAGCAAACGGAUACACUGUCUAUUUUUAUAAAAGCACAGCGUGGGGAGAGAGUGAACGGGAAAAGAAAAACAGAUGGAAGAUAUAUGUAAACUGCUUAUAAUAAAAUCUGAUGGGAUAUGUU